AUGUUAUUUUCCAUAUCUGGUCUCUUCUCAAUUAUCAUUUCUUUGCCAGGGCGUGGCGAUCGUUACGGUCCUUUCGAUCGCAACUUUGAGGCUGGGAUGCCAUACGAUCACCGAUUUGAGGCAGAGUUGCGCGGAACGAUGUUAAAACGAGAAAUGAUGGAGUGCGUUGUUAUGUACUUUGCAUAUCUGUGGGUGGUGUACUCAGAAGAAAUCGUAUUUCAGCGAAUUGGCUAUGAAACAUCGUGA